AUGAACCGACUGACUGCUGGUUGUGGUGGUGGUGGAUGGGACACAUACACAGCAUGUGCGAGCGAGCGAGCGCCGGUCGGCCGUCCGGCCGCCCGAGCGACCGACCGACCGACCGGGGCUCCUCUCGUGAUAUCGCUGACCUUUCGCAUUUUCGGAGCCCCUACUGUAUUCUCACUAUUAUUAUUAUUAUUAUUAUUAUUAUUAUUAUUAUUAUUAUUAUUAUUAUUAUUAUUAUUAUUAUUAUUAUUAUUCCCACAGAAGUUCCAUGAUUCUGCUUCUUUUCAUCGAUGUUAUCGAUAUUCGCACAAAUGUACGGCGAUGUGUGAUCAGAACGCGUUACUUCGAUUGCUUGCUGCUCAAGCAAGCGCACAACAACAGAUGUUGUUCGGCUGCGGACCUGGGACAGUGUCGUCGGGCGCGGCGGCAGCAGCGAUGGGCUCCACCGGUUCCGCCCGAGGCGGAGUCGGCGGAGCGAAUGGCGCCGCGGCAGCCGCGCUGCUGAACGGUAUGCUUGGCGCCGCGAAUCCAUUUCUAUCUCCAGAAAUGAUGCUAUGGCAAAGUAUGGUCGCCGCACAAGCACAGAUCGCGCAAUUACAGCAACAUCAACAAACUCAAAAUCAACCAUCAUUUGAUGAUGUGCUGAAAAAAUUGGCUGAUAAUGCAAAGAAAAGUACCUAUACGAAUGGGACCGCCACAUCUCAGAAUCAGCCUGUUGUCCCACCGUCCACCUCAGCUUCAAAUUCCACAUCGGCCACGUCAGUAAUCACCGGUGCGGGAAGACGCCUAGAACCUGGGGAGAUUCCUGUAACAAAAAGCUCAGUCAACAAAUCCUCAGCAAAUGUUAACAAAAAUAUGCUGGACGCAGCUAUGCUACAGCUGCUGGCCACACAGAUGAUGAGCCAACAAGCGGCAGUGGCAAAGAUGAACGGGCAUUCAGUUCAUCACAAAACUACUGCUAAAAAAGAUGCUGCACAACUGGUGCUCGACCUCUCAGCAAAAACUAAAACUGAGCCAGGACCUUCAUCCGAUGGCACGGACACGCGAAGCAGCGCCACACCAUCGGAAUGUAUAGGCGAAGUAGGGAAGAAACGACCACCAGCCACAGAGUCCCAGGCCAGGGUACCGUUGACAUUAGGAUGGCGUCGGCAAACUUGUAUUCGAUCAAUAGCUGCAUCUGGAGUACGUGGUGAUGUGGUUUACUAUGCUCCAUGUGGGAAGAAGCUUAGCACGUAUGCCGAAGUUCUAAGGUACCUGAUGAAGCAUCCUUGUGGCCCCAUUAGCAGGGACAACUUUUCUUUUAGUAGUAAAUUGAUCGUAGGAGAGUUUUUAAUGCCUAGAGAAGCAGAAAAUGGUGACAAGGUGGUUAUAAAGAUGAGUGAAGAUGUCAUAGCGGAAGAAGUGAAUCGUUUGGUCAGUUUGAAGUCUCAUUCACGUAAUGGUGAAAGAAAAUACCGAGAAAAGAGUGAAAAACCACAAGAAAAGAUACAGGAGGAGAAAAAUACACCUGAGGAGAGUCAAGAACAACACGAUCAUGUUGAAGUAGAAGAAUCACCAUUGGAAGUUUAUGAUGAUGAGGAUAAGGUGAAAUGGAGCCGAGAACCGAUCGAUGAUCUGUUAUUGACAGAAAUUCGACCGAUGCCCGACCUGCCUAGAGUGGAAAAUCUUCGACUCGACGGUAAUGGAUUUGCCGAUGCGCUCAUGGUUCACGAAUUUGUGCACAAUUUUGCUCAUGUCUUGGAACUGGAUCUCUCCACUCUUCCAUCAUUGGGCGCGCUAUGCUCUGGACUAGUCGGUGAUGUGAAUCAUUUCGAAAAAGUCCUUCAACUAACCAUCUCCCUUUUUCGACUCUCCCUCGAGUAUCCAGGCCUACCAACAGGAAAACCUGGUCGAACUCGCCUUGGUCAAACAAUUUCUGAAACCGGAGUGACCAAAGAGAACUAUUCUGAGCUGCUGCGUUUCUUCCUAGCCACUAGGGAUUCACAAGGACAAAAGCUUUCCGAACUCCUCAAUGGUCGCACUUUCGCCGAAUUGCCGGGUGAAGAGAAAGCCUCCAUAUUGGCAUUCCUCUGCAAUGAAUUGUUGUGCUGUCCAAAUAUCGUGAAAGAGAUUGAACGAAACCUCGAAGAAGUCGGUCGACUAAAGGGUGAUCGAUGGAUGCGUGAUGGAAAGGCACGAGCUCUACGCGUUGUCCAACGUCGCAAACAAAAAGCCGAGCGCGGACCCCAUUCCAGCGAAUCCGAGAGCCAUACACACGAUGAACGGCCACCUUCAAGGAAUUCCGAAGCAUCAGAUACGAGUCGACCUGCCACACCAAUUCAAACAACUAAAGACCGACGACUUACUCCAGGACUUGGACAAUGCGAAAUUCUUACGGAAGAGGAGGAAAAUAUGUCUCCCGAACAGCUGGAUAUACUCAUAGAUUCCUUGAACGCUGAAGCUGAACAUCUAAAGGAGAAAAUCAACGAGUUGUCGACGAAAGUCCGUAGUUUUCCGUUAGGAUGGGAUCGAUAUCAUAGACAGUACUGGCAAGUCCGCGGAGUGGCAUCGAUUUUGGUGGAAUCGAUCGAAAGUUCUGGUCCAUCGAAUCCAGCUUGUAACGUUGAAGAGACUUGUACCAAAGAUCCACCUAAUCUUACAGCCCCAUCUUUCGUGCAUCCGGAUGUAUUCGCUUGCGUCGAAGAUCUCAUUGACGAUGUGGUCACAUGUCGGUCCCAUACGGAUCGACGUAAGCGGAAACGAUUUCGACGUUUGGAUAAUCCGUAUAAAAGAGGAUGGUGGUCUAUCGAUACCAGAGAAGCACUGGAAGCAGUUCGGAGUAGUUUGCAUGGUCGAGGGAUUCGUGAGCGUAUACUGCAUCGGUUACUGUGUAAAACGUGGUUCUUAAAGGACGUUAAAUUAAGUAAAGUUGAAUUGGACAAUAUUGCCGAUGAAGUCGACUGGAACAAAAUCAUCGAACUAAAUCAACAUACUGUACAUCGUCGAUUAGAGGAAUUGGAGGCUAGGAUAACAAAGGCCAAGAUUGCCGCAAGAAUGCCACCCAAUUCCCAUCCCCGAACUGGUGAUGGUAUAAAAUCGUUGGAUGAUUUAAAACGGAGGAUCCUUUUCUGCGAACGACGAAUCAAUAGGAACUAUUUGAGACCCAGUUUUUGCGUAAGCGACAACAAAUAUUUGGCGCACGCGUUAAAAAUGGAGAAUGAACCACACAAAAAGGAUUUCCACCAUUCCGAGGAUGAAGACCAGAGGUCCGAAGCCGACAAAGAUGACGAAGCGAUGGAUGAGAUAGAAAAGGAUGACUCGGAUAACGGCGAAAUGAUUGAUCGAUGGAGAUCGUAUGUGGAAUCGGUAGACACAUCGGCUGAGUUGGCUCUUGCCAUACAGCUUCUCGAAUCAUCCAUAGCGUGGGAGUUGGUGCAUACGUUACGACUUUGUCAGAUCUGUCGAAAACGUUGUGAUGAUACCAGUACAACCCUACGAUGUACAGCAUGCAAAUUGAAUUAUCAUCAGAAUUGUUGCAAGUCACCACCAUCUCGUGAAUGGUUCUGCCCAGCAUGCGUUGAAUCCUCAACACAAGUGCCGACGUGUCUCAUUUGUUCCCGUCAACUGGAUGAUCUCGUUACCUGCAGGAAAUGCUUCCGUUUCUUCCAUGCUGAAUGUGCAACCGAUGCUUCAUACGAUUCUUUUGGGGAUUUCUUGUGUCGAGGGUGCGAUCCAAAGUUGUUUGAACGACGUGUGAUCUUACACGGUGAAUCCGACGAUUUCGCGGAAGCUGAUGACUCUGCUGAUCCAGCUGAACAUCAUCAUCACCACCAUCAUCAUCAUGGACAUCAUCCAAAUGGACACCAUACAAAAGAAGUACGCAAACCUCCGAAGAGGAAAGCAGAAGCUCCUCCUCCCAUCGUAUUUCCGACUGACAUGAACGCAGAUUUGUGCAGAGCUAUGUUGGAUGAGUUGGAAUGUCAGCCUGGUGUAGGCCCUUUCCUUGAGCCCGUUGAUCUCGAUUUGGUCCCCGGAUAUCGGGAAGCUAUUGCAAAUCCGAUCGAUAUGGCUUCAAUCCGAAACCGAAUCGAAGCGCAGUGCUAUGAAACUCCUGAUGACUUUGCUGCUGACAUGGAGCUAAUGUUCAACAAUUGUCGCACUUUCAACGAGGAUGAUUCUCCAGUUGGUAUUGCUGGUGCUAAUCUUCAAAAGUUUUACCAUAAACGAUGGCGGCAACUCAAAUACAACUUCAGUAAACGUCUUAAACGCAUGCGUCAACAUUUGUGA